GAGCGCUUAAUGAUGAAGGUCAAAGCGAGCUGAGCAACUUCAUCGUCAACUCGUACCACAACCACAACGGCGAUCUGCGGUGCCAAUUUACACAACGCCGUUGACAAAGCACUAGCUGGUUUAAACCUCUGGCGGGAUUUUCACCUUUUCGGGUGAACGCUCUUGUAAUCACAAAAUCAGGAUCAUUAAACUUGUACGAAGUUGUGGGCUUGCGAUAACCCCUGGGUGCCAACGUCUCGCUCUGAUAGAUUUGCUCCUGGCGAGUGACCUAUUGUUCAAGUGGACGUGGAGUCUCUUGUUCAUACGAUGGACACACCAGACAUUGAGUCUAGUCCAACGCCAGCGGUGAAGAAUCUCCUGUCUAGAUUUGAAUCACUCGCCGUGGACAAUUCCGCUACUGCGUCUCAACGUAAAUCGCUGCAAGUACCAAUGCCACCAUCUCCUGCUAGAGCCCCUUCAGACGCUUCUAGCCCAGCAGUCUCUCCUGGUCUUCGUACAGUCUCUUCCUCUUCCAGUCUCAAAUCCAGCACGAGCGACACGAAUGUCAGUACGAAACGCCCGCCGCCUCCACCGCCGCCUUCAUCGACUCGGUCAUAUUCUAGAGGACUUUCUCCUGCCCCUCCGUCUCCUUCCGUCUCUCCGUUACUUCGACCUGUCCCCAUUCCAAAUGUUUUGAAUACUUCAGUCAACCGAGUUCCGCAGCAUGGAUUACCGCAUUCGCCCAACGUAUCCAUUAAUGAAAAUGAACACGAAGAAGGACUGACACCGACGUUCGGAGUUUCUAUGCUGAGAAGUAAAUUCCUCAAUGUCGCAUCCAACACGCCAUCUCGCCCAAUAACUCAUUCACCAAAACCUAGCAUAUCGUCAAUGAUAGACAAACCACUAGCGCCCCCUCGUGUGCAUACAUCCUCCGAACCUCUCAUUUCGUUCGAUAGUCCCGAAGAAUAUCACUCGCAGUCAUCCUCUAAUUCAAUGUCUGACUUGGAUGAUCCAUUCUCUGAAGAUACCACAGAUAGUGCUACUGAUGAUCCAGAUUCAUCAACCACCGCAGUAGCUCCUCCGCUCCCAGCAAGGAAGCCUCAUCAUCACCAUCAUCACCAAGAAUCAACGUCAAGCUCGAGCCGAAACUCGAGCGAGAGCGAUUCUGGCCAUUUAUCUUCCUACAAUGGUUCUGCGUCUUCUUCGCAGUCCUCUAUUCUACCUCCUCGACCGCCACCGCGGCCCCGAGCGUUGGCUUUACCUGAGCCAGAGGUUUUCAUAUCUAAUUCGAAUUCUUUAAAUACGCCGCCUCCUUUGCCUGUUCGUCGCUCUACCGUGGCUCAGGCUGAAGACUUGGCUGCUCCAAGGACUCCACGACCUUCCGCACGUCUUGCACCUUUACCACCACAUAGUUCCCAUCCUUCUACGAAUCAUCUUGCUCAUGUAUCAGUAUCAGACUUAGACCAUCCUCCCUGCAGCGCUCCUACCACAUCUGAACGUAAACCCUUUGGCAAACUUCCUCCCCCACCCACGCGGACAAUCGCUUUGGGGGACAAAUUGCCUCCUAAACGUUCGAACAAUGCUGAAGGAGCAGUCAAUGGUGAUUCCGACGACGACGAAUCGGGUGAUGAAGAUGAUGACAAGGGCUCGAGUGCGGACUUGCUGCCAGACGCUACCCGUGCGUCCCGUCGACCACCAUAUCUAAUAACACCUCACGAUGAGGAUCAUGGAGCUUAUCCAACACAACCAUGUAAGAUCGUUGUACCUGCUCACACCGGGCAUCUCGCUAUGAGCGGUGUGUAUGUUGUUGUGGGGAGUACGCACCACAUUCGACUUUACAAUACCAAUCUAUCUCAAGAAGUACCGGCAAAGAGUAUGGACACGAAGGAUUUCGGAAUCAAAGACGGAAAAGUCACUGCGGUCGAGUUCAAGACGGAGUUCCUCGUCUGGAUUGCCUUGAAGGAGGGGCAUAUCUUCGAGAUUGAUGUCCGAAACGGAGAUUUGCUCGGCGUCAAGCACUGUGCGCAUAUGAAUCCCAUUUUGUAUCUUUUCCGUUAUGCCGGCUCGAUGAUUUCCAUUGACGAAGUCGGUAAAGUUCUCAUAUGGUCUCCGGAUCCGUCCACUGGAGACAUUAAGCUUCUUCAUCAUACUCCACGUGUGAUGCGCACCACGGACAAACUUGAUUUCGCCAAGAUCAUUGGUGGAGUGCUAUGGACAGCUGGAAGGUCUGAGCAACAUGGGGCUGGAACACUUGCAAGGACACCGAUUAUUCGAUUGUAUGACUUGUUCAACCCCGCUUCCACGGGAAAAACGGUGAUGCCUACAGAGCAUGUUGGUCCCGUAACGAGUGCAACGAUUGUGCCCACCCACCCGGAACAUGUUUACCUCGGGCACGAAGAGGGAUAUAUCACUAUCUGGUCCUUGGAAGAUGUAGCAACCGGGGGAGGAUAUCCGAGAUGCAUUGAGGUCAUGAAAGUUGCUUCCACCGAUGUGACCAGCCUAGAGGGAAUCAACGACAGACUGUGGGCUGGCGGAAGGAACGGAAUGAUUACUGUGUAUGAUAUCGUUCCUCGACCUUGGAUAGCGACAAAUUCGUGGGCCGCGCAUCCCGGAUUACCUGUGUUACAGAUUUCCGCAGAUCCGUUCGGAAUCGAGAAAUAUAGAAGACUGGGUGUAGUCAGUGUCGGUCGGGACGAACUCGUAGGGCUUUGGGACGGGCUGUUGGCAUUGAAUUGGCAAGAUACGGAGUUACAAAAACACGAACAAUCCUACAGCACCUUCAGGGAGCUCAAAGUUCUCAUAAUCUCGUGGAAUUGUGACUCUGCGAAACCGGAUUCCCUGCAUGGACAUCCUGCAAAUAUCAACUUUUUCCAUGAUGUGCUCAAUAGCGUCGACAGGCCGGAUAUCAUAUCGUUUGGGUUCCAGGAAGUCAUCGAUCUAGAAUCGAGGAAGAUGGCGGCGAAGAACAUGUUGAUGUCUGCCAGGUCCGAUGCCAGGGGGAGAAAAGAUGAGGGAACGCUUUUGGGUCUUUCGGAUAAAGUGACUGGGGCUUAUAAGAGGUGGUACGAUGCGUUGGUGUUGGCUGUGAAGCUUGCAAUGCCUCCAGACUGUCCGUACUCAGUCGUUCACACAGAGAGUAUGGUUGGGCUCUUUACGUGUGUCAUUGUGAAAAAUACGGAAAAGGCGGCGGUGAAGGAUAUUGCUAUCAAUACUGUGAAACGAGGAAUGGGAGGGAGGUAUGGUAACAAGGGCGGAAUUUUGUCUCGGUUCCUCAUCGACGAUUCGUCUCUUUGUUUCGUCAACUGUCAUCUUGCUGCUGGCCAACAUGCUGUCCGCGCGCGCAACGCUGACGCUGCUGGUAUGCUCGAACAGCAACUUAUUUUUCCUCCCGCCGCGGAGCAUCUGGCAUUCGUUGGUGGUGGCGAUGGUUCAAUGGUUCUUGACCACGAAAUUGUCUUUAUCAAUGGAGAUAUGAACUAUCGAAUCGACCAACGCCGCGACGCUAUCACUGCUGCCGUUCGUGCCAAUGAACAUGAAACCCUAUUUGCCCACGACCAGCUUCUCAAAGAAAUUAAAUUCAAUCGUGGUUGCCGUUUUCGCUUCUUCACCGAAGGACCCAUUACUUUUGCUCCAACGUACAAAUACGACCGUCGUUCUGACGUAUACGAUACAUCCGAGAAACGUCGCGCUCCAGCAUGGUGUGACCGUGUGCUGUGGCGCUCGCGUGUACCGUCCCGAGUGAAACAGCUGCAUUAUCAAAGAUACGAAGUCAACGUCUCUGAUCAUCGUCCGAUCUCUGCUGCGUUUGACAUUACUGUGAAGAGGGUUAGGCAUGAGAUUAGGCAGAAGAAAAAAGCGGAGGUGCAGAUGCAGUGGACGGGAUUGCAGGAGAGGCUAUUGACAGAGGCCAGAGAGUUUUACAUCAACUCCAGCCGCUUGUGAGAAGGAAGACCGCGGAGGUUGGCGCAGGCGUGAAGCUCAAAUAAUAAGCUUAUUUUUCCUUUCUCCUUAGACGAUAAUUUCACAAACCUUGGACUUUUGCGUUUUGUCAAUGUAGCAUUCGUUUUGUAGCAGCGUAAUUUCAUACGGAUUGUAUCAAGCAUAAACUUAAUUCCAUAUACAUACCUUUAAAUCAUACACAAAUA